UUUGGUUUUCAUCACCGGAAGAAAUCGCUGUCCCGAUUUCAUUUAUAGUGAUGUUCAUGCGUUUUUGCUAAAUGUGUACGGGGGGUGCUAAACUUAGAGUUAGAUGAGCUCCACUGCUCCAGGUUAUGGUAAUCGUUAUCUCAAAUGUUUAAAGUUGGGAUGAGAUAAGCUUAUAGUAGUCCUGACAGGUAGAGCCAACAAUCCGGGUGCGAGAAAAUGGCGAUUUCUUCAGAAUUCUCGCUCUCACAAACGCCUCUCAGUUCAAAUUCAAAAAAAAAAGCUAUCUUUUUUCAGAAAUAGAUGCCUUCGAAACAUCAACUAUGCAAGCGACUCUUUCGGUCAAAGCCACAUCCGCAGAAAACGACACCUUACCUUUCACGAGAUGUUUUUGGGAUAUGGCUGGAAUUCUUGGACUCUAGCUGACCUGAUAGCUUCGCGGGGCUAUAUAUAGAGCCUCACAUGCGAUUGCGCUUUACACUGUUCAAGCUUCGCCUGUGAUUCUUUAUCCUUUUUGGAUUGAAUUCGAUCUUGGGGUGUGGGUUUGUUUUGGACUCUGUUAGUUCAUUGAAUUUAAAGGUUUUCUGUUCUGGGUUUUUCAUACACUGGCUGCUUUCAUUCUAUUUUAGUUGAACUUUGAAGUCACAAAGUGUGUCUGUUCCUCGCUGGGUUCACUGAAUUUAAAAAUUCUGUGUUCUGGUUUUUGUUUGAAAGUGAAUGUCGUGAUUUCUUUUUGUUGAUUUUGAACUCAUAAUGCCCUGGUUUUUACUGUUUUCAUCUUUGUUUCCAAUAGGAUUCAUCCAAGUUUGAUGUUUUUGCUUUCUGACUUUUGGUAAAAUGUAUGUUGGAUUCUCUUUAAUUGAAUUUGAACUCAGAUUGUCUAUUUGAUCUUCGCUCUUGGGGCAAUUUUAAUCUGAAGAUUUUUUAUUUUUUAUUUUAUAAGGAUGAAGGGGUUUGUGUUCUUUCAAAUGUUGGUCGUGCUUUUAGUCUUUGUGUUAUGUGGUUGUGCCAUGGGUAAGGAGUGUACAAACAUUCCUACUGAGCUCUCAUCACAUUCUCUUCGAUACGAGCUCCUAUCAUCGAAAAAUGAAACGUGGAAGGAAGAGAUGUUUUCACACUAUCAUUUAAUACCAACUGAUGAAUCUGCUUGGGCGAAUUUGCUACCAAGAAAGGUAUUGAAGGAAGAAGAUGAGUACAGUUGGCAAAUGAUGUAUCGGCAAAUGAAAAAUAAGGGCGGGCUUAAACUAUCCGGAGAUUUUCUUAAGGAGGUGUCUUUGCAUGAUGUGAGAUUGGAUUUGAGUUCACUGCAUGGGCGAGCGCAGCAAACAAAUUUGGAGUAUCUAUUGUUGUUGGAUGUCGAUAGGUUGGUUUGGAGCUUUAGGAAGACGGCUGGUUUGCCAACACCUGGCAAAGCAUAUGGGGGCUGGGAGGCCCCGAAUAUUGAGCUUCGGGGUCAUUUUGUUGGGCAUUACUUGAGUGCUUCAGCACUAAUGUGGGCUAGCACUCACAAUGAUACUCUCAAACAGAAAAUGUCAGCUCUAGUAUCUGCUUUAUAUGACUGUCAGAAGAAAAUAGGCACGGGAUACCUUUCUGCCUUUCCACCCGAGCUAUUUGAUCGUUUUGAAGCUAUAAAACCUGUUUGGGCUCCGUAUUAUACCAUUCACAAGAUCUUGGCAGGCCUACUGGAUCAAUAUACAUUUGCUGGUAAUGCUCAAGCUUUAAAAAUGAUGACAUGGAUGGUUGAGUAUUUUUACAACCGUGUUCAGAAUGUGAUAUCAAAGCACAGUGUAGAAAGGCACUAUCUAUCACUUAAUGAAGAAACUGGUGGCAUGAAUGAUGUCCUUUACAAGUUAUACAGCAUAUCGCAAGUUCCGAAGCAUUUAUUGUUGGCUCACCUGUUUGACAAACCAUGCUUUCUAGGAUUACUUGCGGUACAGGCUGAUGACAUAUCUGGUUUUCACGCCAAUACACAUAUCCCAAUUGUUAUAGGAUCUCAAAUGCGGUAUGAAGUCACUGGUGAUCCACUUUAUAAGGCAAUGGGGAUGUUCUUCAUGGAAAUUGUUAAUUCUUCUCAUAGCUAUGCAACAGGAGGCACAUCAGUCAGUGAGUUCUGGUCAGACCCCAAGCGAUUGGCAAGCACUCUACAGACAGAGAAUGAAGAAUCUUGUACAACUUAUAACAUGCUGAAGGUCUCUCGCCGCCUGUUUACAUGGACCAAGGAAAUGGCAUAUGCGGAUUACUAUGAGCGCGCCUUGACAAAUGGUGUGCUAAGCAUUCAAAGAGGAACGGAUCCUGGAGUGAUGAUUUACAUGCUCCCACAAGGUCGUGGAGUUUCCAAGGCCACAAGCUUCCAUGGAUGGGGAACAACAGAUCAGUCAUUUUGGUGUUGCUAUGGCACAGGAAUUGAAUCAUUCUCAAAGUUAGGAGAUUCCAUUUAUUUUGAAGAGGAAGGAGAAGUUCCUGGUCUUUACAUCAUCCAGUAUAUAUCAAGCUCGCUUGAUUGGAAAUCCGGACAAAGUUUGCUCAAUCAGAAAGUUGAUCCUAUUGGUUCAUGGGAUCCUUUCCUUCAAGUGACAUUGACAUUUUCUUCUAAGGAGGGAGCAAGCCGAUUAUCUAACUUGAACUUGCGGAUACCAAGUUGGACGUCUGCAGACGGUGCGAAGGCAUUACUAAAUGGCCAGAGUUUGCCAAUACCGGCUCCAGGUAACUUCCUGUCAGUCCCUAGAAGCUGGAGAUCUGGUGACAAAUUAACUCUUCAGCUGCCCAUUGGUUUGAGAACAGAAGCCAUUCAAGAUGACCGGCCAGAGUAUGCUUCUAUUCAUGCAAUACUUCAUGGCCCAUAUCUGCUAGCGGGUCAUACCAGUGGUGACUGGGACAUCAAAAGUGGGUCAGCCAACUCUCUUUCAGACUGGAUAAGUCCAAUACCUGCUGCUUAUAAUACUUAUCUGGUUUCCUUGUCCCAAGAGUCUGGAGAUUCAACUUUUGCCUUAACUAACUCAAACCAAUCGAUCACAAUGGAAAAGUUUCCAGAAUCUGGCACCAAUUCUUCUGUUCAUGCCACUUUCAGACUCAUCUUAAAUGACUCAUCUUCCGAAAAAUUUUCAACAAUAAAAGAUGCCAUUGGCAAAUCAGUCAUGCUAGAACCAUUCGAUAUUCCUGGAAUGGUUGUAGUACACCAAGGAAAGGAUGAAAACCUUGGAGUUGCAGACUCUCCUGGUGGUGUUGGCUCUUCCUCUUUCCGGUUGGUUGCAGGAUUGGACGGAAAGGCUGAAACAGUAUCGUUGGAGUCGGAAAGCGACAAGGAUUGCUUUGUGUAUAGUGGUGUGAACUAUAAUUCAGGCAAAAGCAUAAAGCUGAGCUGCAAAUCAGACGCAUCAGAUGAUGAUUUUAGUCAGGCUGCUAGCUUUGUGUUGAACAAGGGGAUUAGUGAGUAUCAUCCUAUCAGCUUUGUAGCCAAAGGGGUGAAGAGGAAUUUCCUUCUUGCACCAUUACUGAGCUUCAAGGAUGAAUCUUAUACCGUUUAUUUCAAAAUUAAUGAUUAAUAAUUUAUGUACGGGACUGGGGAGUCCACAUGUAAAUUUAUCACCAAUAAAUUUCGUCUUCUUGUUGCCUCGA